UAAAAUUCAUCUUUCGACAAGUACGGCGGUGCUCUUGUUCGCGUUAAUAAAUUAUUAUUUUCCGUCGAAAUACAUUUAAUUAAUCAUACCAAUUAGUGCUAAAAUACUAAAAAAAUAUCAGAGAAUCAAAAUAUAUCAAAACUUUGAGCUGUAAUUUGUUCAAAAUACACAAUGAUUCGCACAAUUUUAUCGAAGCCGCUUGCUCGUUUAUCUCAUUUGGCGAUUCGUGGCAAUGCGAGUAUGCCUGCUCCAAAUCCAAAUCCUGAAGUUUUGUACACAGGACUUUUUAUCAACAACGAAUGGCACAAAGCGAAAAGCGGAAAAACUUUUAAAACAUUGGAUCCCUCAACUGAAAAAGUAAUCGCUGAAAUUCAAGAAGGCGACAAAGCAGAUAUUGAUAUAGCUGUUAAAGCUGCACGUCAAGCAUUUAAAUUGAAUUCACCAUGGCGCACAAUGGAUGCUUCAGAUCGAGGAGUGUUGUUGAAUCGUCUCGCAGAUUUGAUGGAACGUGAUCGUGUUUAUUUGGCGAGUUUAGAAACGUUAGAUAAUGGAAAGCCAUAUAGCAUGUCGUAUAAUGUUGAUAUUCCGAUGUCAAUCAAAUAUUUGCGUUAUUAUGCAGGAUGGGCUGAUAAAAACCAUGGAAAAGUUAUUCCAAUGGAUGGAGAUUUCUUCGUUUACACACGCCAUGAGCCUGUAGGAGUUUGUGGACAAAUUAUCCCAUGGAAUUUCCCUGUUUUGAUGGCUGCUUGGAAGCUUGGGCCUGCUUUGGCAACGGGAAAUACUGUUAUUCUUAAACCAGCUGAACAAACAUCCUUAACCGCUCUUUAUAUCGCACAAUUGACGAAGGAAGCAGGAUUUCCAGCUGGCGUUAUAAAUGUUGUUCCCGGAUUUGGCGCCGCAGGAGCAGCUCUCGUUCAUCAUCAUGAUGUCGAUAAAGUUGCUUUUACGGGUUCAACGGAAGUUGGCAAAAUAAUUCAACAAGGAUCGGGCGCAAGCAAUUUGAAACGCACAACAUUGGAAUUAGGCGGAAAGUCACCAAACAUUAUUUUGUCAGAUGCUGAUAUGGAUCAUGCCGUUGAAACAUCACACUUUGGAUUAUUUUUCAAUGCUGGCCAAUGUUGUUGUGCGGGUUCACGUACAUAUGUUCAAGACAAAAUAUAUGAUGAAUUCGUUGAGCGAAGCGCUGAACGUGCUAAAAAACGUACUGUUGGCAAUCCAUUCGAUUUAUCUGUGGAACAAGGUCCUCAAGUAGACAAUGAGCAACUCACAAAAAUUUUGGGACUCAUUGACGAAGGAAAGAGACAAGGCGCUAAAUUAGUUGCUGGAGGAAGUCGUUAUCAAGGUUUGCCCGGAUAUUUUGUUGAGCCUACGGUGUUUGCGGACGUCAAAGAUGACAUGGUAAUCGCAAAAGAAGAGAUCUUUGGUCCUGUGCAACAAAUUAUCAGAUUCAAGGAUUUGGAUGAUGUUAUUGAACGUGCAAAUCAUACAGAUUAUGGACUUGCUGCUGCUGUUUUCACACAAGACAUAGAUAAAGCGAAUUAUAUUGUUCAAGGUUUACGCGCAGGAACAGUUUGGGUAAAUGCUUACAAUGUUCUCGGAAGUCAAUCGCCAUUCGGAGGCUUUAAAAUGUCAGGGCAUGGUCGUGAAGGCGGAGAAUACGGAUUACAAGCAUACACAGAAGUCAAAAGUGUCAUUACUCGUGUCAACAAGAAAAAUUCUUAAAAGAUUUGAAAUUCAACUAAAAUUCAUAAUGUUUGAUAAAAACUUCUAAAUAAACUUUUUAUUUUCUUCA